AUGUCAGCUCUGAACACCGAUGCGACCCACCCUGAAGCGAGCAGCGUGAUUCUGCCUCCACCCGCGAUUCGCUCUAUCGUCGAGAAGACUGCCGCCUACGUCGCCAAGUCGCCCAACGCAGCCCAGUUCGAAGAGAAGAUCCGUGCUCGCGAGAAAAGCGACUCACGCUUCGCCUUUCUCAAUGCCGACGAUGCGUAUCACCCGUACUAUCAACAACGCCUAGAGGCUUUCCGCGAGGGCGAACCUGCGCCGGCCGCGACUGCCCAGACGCCUGGCCCGGCCGGCGACAAGGCGCCUGUGGGCACUGUUCCUGCAACUUUGGCGGCGGACACAAACCAAGACGACGAUGGAAUGCCACCCAGGCCGCCAGCUCUCGAAUUCCUUGUCGAGCAACCGCCUGCGAUCAACGCCGUUGACCUGUGAGUGCCCGCCAUACGUGUUUGGCCUCGGACUUCGCUUUACUCGCCAACACCGCUGAACCCUCUCGCCCGUCUGUUACAGCGACAUUCUGAAAUUAACAGCGCUGUUCACUGCGCGUUCUGGUCGACGCUUCACGUCAGAACUUGCGUCGCGCGAGAACCGCAACUAUCAAUUCGACUUUCUUAGGCCGACGCAUUCUUUAUUUGGCUGCUUCAAUCGGUUCGUACAGGGCCGAGGACCAUGUCUCUGGUGUAUCGCCUUGCAUUUCUCACUCUGCACCUGCUCAUUGACAGGUUCGUCGAGCAAUAUACCAAGAUUCUCAUGCCAUCCGACGAGAUCCGAAAUGGGCUGCGUCGUCGUAGCCUUGGGACGCUCGACUCGAACCAGCACCGCGUGACCACCGGCCGACGUGAGGUGCUGAGUGAUUCGCAGCUACGAGUGGACUGGCAAGGAUGGGACAUGUCUCGACGUCGAGAACUCGAGGAUGCGCAGGAGGCUAAGCGCGUGGCUUUCGCCGAGAUCGACUGGCAAGACUUUGUGGUCGCGUCGACGAUCGACUUUACGGAAGCUGACGAAGCGGCCUUGACCGAGCUGCCCCCGCCGAUGAGUCUUUCAGAGGUUGAGAACAUGACAAUUGCCCAAAAGAAGAUGGCAGCGAUGAUCAUGGAAGGCAGAAACGCCGGCCAGGACGAUAUUGUCAGCGAUGACGAGACGGAAGGAAUGGACCUGCGCGGCGACGACGACGAUGACCAAAUGCGCGCACGCGAUCAAGCGGCUCCCCAACCGAUGGCCGUGAAAUCACCGGUUAUCGAGAUCCGGGCAGCUGAUACAAGUGCUCCGAUGAAGAUCCGCAAAGACUACGUGCCAAAAGGUGUGGCCCCUCGUGUUGCCAGGAGUUUCGCCAACGGGCUGACAUCUUGAAUCUGUUGAUGCAGCGAAUCGCCCUGCUGCACCUUCGCAAGCCUUCACCACUUUCAAUAACCAACAGAUUCCUGUUGAGGAGUUUGCUAGUCACGUCCGAAUCGAACUACUGGAUCCAAAUUGGAAGGAGGACAAGCGACAGAGCGAGGUCAACCGGUCCACCGCCAAUCUUCUACCUCAGGGUCAGCAUGCCGCUCUUCGCCGGAGGGUGGGACACUAUGUUGACCUCAGCCUCUAAAACAGGCACCGAUGUCUCCUCCUCAAUCCGGGACCUGGCCGCUCAUCGACCUGACAUCUUCGGCGUCGGUACCGAUGACGAGGCCCGGCGCAAGCAGGAACAAGCUGAAACGCUGGCCAGAUCCAAGAAGCGUGAAUUAGGCGUGUGGGAUGGGCACACGACCACCAAAGACGCUAUCACGUCCCGGUACCAGGCGGGUGCAAAUUUAGAUGAGCAGAUCGAGGCUCUUCAUCGUGCCAAAGGAUUGGUAGGGUAAGGAGGAUGGCACCGCGCAUACUAUUGAUAAGCUUGCAAAGCUGAUGCCUCCUCUUUUGUUAUUGAGCAGAUCCCAGAAUGACAAGGCCCCAGUGAUUGGUCCCACUGUGCCCAACCUCAGUAAUAUCGAUAUCACAAGCGCCUCUAUGGAUGACUCGACGUCGUCCUCUGGGAUACCAUCUGUGAUGCUAGCUGCUGGUCAGCCUACCCUGGUUACUACUACGAACACCCCUUCACCUGGACAAUUCCCGCUUCCGACUGCUAUGCCCGUGCCUACGAGUUCUAUUGAGACACCCGGGACGGCUGGGCCAAGUCAGACCUCUGAUUCAUCCUUGCCAUCUUUUGCUGGUGCACAAGCUGGUGUGGUUUGCAAUCCCAACAGACCCGCCGACGCGAGGCCGGAUGGAGAGCCAACCGCGAAGCGUGCACGCUUAUCGGUGUCUGGCAACGGUGAUCUGCGAUCUGAGGCAGAAUGGCUGAAAGUGCAUGGAACCGUAAGUCACGGCCUGGUCGGAUACCACAGAUGCUGCUGACUCAUUGUACACAAGCACUGUUCGUUUGCAGGAUCCCAUCCGGAUUCAGAUCCAGCUUCCCGAAUACCCGGCGAAACCAACUUGGGGCUGUGAUGGAAGCAUUUUUACGCUUGAGGUUCCACUUACUCUACUGGUUGGAACCAUCCGUGAUCGCAUUACUGUAAGUUAUUGGUUCUGGAAUGUUAUGCAAGAAAUCUGCUAAGAUGCUUCAGUCUGAUUCCAACAGAGCAAGGUUGGCCUCCCAGUUUCUAAGCAAAAGCUGCUCCGCAAUGGUCGGAUACUGGCCAAUUCAUCGACUUUGGCAGCACUCAAUUUUGAAGAGGGCGACCAAAUACAGGUGGCAAUCAAAGAGAAAAAGUAG